AAUUUUAAAUCAUAUUAAUUUUGAAUUAUAAAUUAGUUAUCAGUAUAAAAAUAAUUAAAACAACAACAAGUUACUUUAGUUCAUAUGAUUAAAUUAUAUUAAUUUAUCAAACAACACUACUAGUUGUUCUUUUUUUUUUUUUAAAAAAAAAAAAAAAGCAAAGCUAACUUCAAAAAUUUUUAGAAUUACAACAAUCACAAACAAAGUGUUACAAUUUCAUUUAAAAAAAGUUUGGAAUUUUGUACUUAUUAAAAUGAUUAAAAGAAAAUUGGGGAGGAAAAAGGAAAGAUAAAAGAAGUAUCCGUUACAAAAAUAAUGAGUAAGGGUAGUGAAGUAAAGAGACAAAAAUGGUAAGCGUGUGAUAUGCAGUAAUUGUUUCCAAAUUUAUGGAAUGGUUUUGUGUUAAAAAUUUUGGAAAAUUGUAGAGGUUGGUUUGAUAUUUAUAAGAAAGUUGAUUGGGGCAUCAAAUUAAAUUAGCAUUUUGUUGUGAAAGAAAAGGGGAAUUGUGAGGGAAAAAUGAUGAAACAAACUUGGGGAAAAAGGGAGAACGGCGACAGGUCAGCAUGACGAGGACCAACCAAAGUUGAAGUCUUUACCUCUGGCCCACCUCCACCAUCACCACCACCGCCUCCACUCCAACUCCACGCUCCCCUAUAUUCCUCUUUCUCUUCUAUUUCAUUAACAAAUCCCCCUCCCCCCCCCCCCCCCCCCCCAACUUUACCCAUAUCGAUUCCAAUCCCUCUCCCCGGCGAGGUCUCCGGACCCCCGGCGGUACUAUACAUGUCGGAUUCCGCCGACCAUCGCCUACCGCCUCCCCCUUUUUCUCGCCCUUUCCCGCUCUACAAGCAGCACUCCUGGUCCCCCGAUGCCGACCGUGACCAAGCCUGGGUGCGCCGCAAAACCCAAAGCAAGAUGCGACGGAGCAAGAGCGUGACCGACGAUGACCUCGAAGAACUUAAAGCCUGCGUUGAAUUGGGUUUUGGAUUCAACUCACCGGAGGUGGACCCUCGACUCUGUGAAACUUUUCCAGCGUUGGGAUUUUACCACGCCGUCAACAAGCAGUACAAUCGUACUCUUUCGAACUCUUCGGCGUCUCUCUGCUCUUCCCCUGUUUCUGACUCUGUUUCUCCCUCUGCCGACGGUAGUCCCGCCGCCAUAAUCAGCCACGGGGAGAAUCCGCAGAUGGUGAAAGCAAGGCUGAAACAAUGGGCGCAGGUGGUUGCUUGUUCAGUACGGCAGUAUUGAUUCUUGCUAAUCAAUUUCAACACUAAAUUUGUGUUAUGUUUUUUCGUUUUCCUUCUCAGACUUCCGUUUCUGACUUGACUACAAAUUCUAAUCAACACAUACACAUUUAAUCCUCAA